AUGAGAAAUGUAAUAUCUCAUGUUACGACAUUUUAUGAGAAUAAGACUGACGAUAUAUCUUGCAUCUGGACAGGAUAUGGAACAUCCGUAGAAAAGGCCAUUUCUUGUGCUGAAAUUAUGAAAAGAAAUCAUAACUUCAAACUUCACCAGAUUACAAAAACUGGUUACAAAAUAGUAGAGGAAUAUUGGGAUCCUGUUGUCCCAGAACUAGACCAAAUAGUGGUAAAGAGAAAACUUCCUAUAGUCCAUAUAUAUUUAUCCAGCAAACCCUUGGAUAGUAGAGAACUAGGUUAUCAACCCCCUGGCCAAUUUGUUCCAUCUCAAGGAAAUGUCAACAUAUCAAAGGAGAAAUGA